UGGCGUGCAGAAAAUGGAAAAGAGUGUUUUCCAAUAUACAUUAUAUAGCCUAAAGUAAAUAGAGAGGAACUGUUUCAGAUGCUUUUUUGUCAAGUAAAUAUUCGAUUGAAACGUGUAAUAUUAUGUUGAACUCGCGAGGUUCAUUAAACGCUUAGUUUUAGUGAAUGAACGGAGUAAAAUAUUUGUGAAAUAUUUAAUUGAACAUUAAUUUGCAUUUCUAGUUUCGCUUUGCAUAUGUUGAACGUGUGAAGAUGGCGGAGAAAGGAUCGGAUUUAUUUUAUGACGUUUGCUGCGAUAUUUGCGAAGAGAAAAAUGUCAAUAAGCAAGCCAUGUUUUAUUGUCAAAAAUGUUCGAAAGGCCUUUGUGACGACUGUUUAGGGCUUCACAAACAGUUUUUUACAAAGCAUGUCGCGUAUGGAAGAGAAGAGAUGGAUAAAUGGCCUUCUACAACAAAAUCGUUCGAUGACAUGCAGUUCUGUCUACAUCAUCCUGAUCGUCUGAUAGAGAUGUAUUGUGAAGAUCACGGUAAAUUAUGUUGCUCCAUGUGUCACUUCCAUGAACACAGGCCCUGUAUCAAGCUAGUGCUGAUAAAAGACAAAUCACAAGCCUUCCAUGAUGCGGGGGAAUUUCAUAAAAUAUGUGCAACUAUAACCAAUGUUCAACAAGAACUUAAGACUGCAAUUGAUGAUACACAGGAAUUUCUGAAGAAACUGCAGGGUUCGUAUGAUAAAGCUUAUGAUGAAAUUAAAGUGUUUCGUCAGAAAAUCAACGAUAUACUUGACGAAUUGGAGAGAAGUACAAUAUAUUCCUUGGAGACAUUGCUGCAAACAAUGAAACAGUCUUUAAAAACUGACACAGACAAGUGUUCUAAAGCCACAAACGGUUUGAAGAAAAUAAGCGACGCGAUCACUAAUAUUAAAACAGAUCAAAACGAUCUAUCAUUUAUAGCGUACCAAAGAGCAUCGGAAAUGGUUUCACAUGCAGAUAAUAUUUUGAAAGAAUUGACUGUUCACAGAAGCACUGUUGUAACGUUUAAGAGCAACCCUAGUAUUGAUGAAACACUAUCAGGGUUUCGUUGCCUUGGAGAUAUUAAAUGUGCUGAAAAGCAGCUGGAAAAUAAUAAAAACACGAUACUCAAGUGUAGUAACAAAUCGCUUUACGAUAUCCGAAGCGCAUCUGAUAAUGUUACAUGCGAGAUAAGGGGCAUAUGGGAGCUACCUGGUGGAGAAAUCCUUAUAGCAGACAACAACAACAAGAGGGUGAAAUUGCUUGAUACGCAGUACAAAGUUGUCACACAUACAGAUUGUUGGUCCCAUCCAUGGGAUAUGUGCAGUAUAAGCCCUACUGAGGUCGCUGUUACAGUUGGUGUAUAUGCUAGAAUCAACACUGUCCAAUUCCUAAUUGUCAACAAUAGACAGAUAGUUAAAGGCAGGGAACUGAAAAUCAUACACAAUUGUCAUGGUAUCGCACACUUUAACGGCAGUUUGUUUAUCACAUCACUGACUGCCUUGUAUCAGUACACACUGGCUGGUCAGCUGGUGAAAAAGAUCUAUGAAGAUACUUCUGGUAACUUCACAGCCCACAAGUGCGCAGUGUGUACCGAUGGAUCAAAGCUGUAUGUUACCAGUUUGCUGGACAACAAGCUCCUGACCCUGUCUAUGGAUGGGACGGUCUUGUCAUGCUUGAAAGAUCGUGUACUUCGAAGUCCUACAGGUGUACACGUUACAGAGACAGGACAGCUGAUAGUCUGUGGACGUGGUUCACACAAUGUAGUACAAGUGAAUGGUGAGGGCGGAGUAAUGACGCUGGCUUCCAAAACGGAUGGACUGCAUGAACCAGAGGCUGUAUACUUCAGUGCCUGCACUGGCAGGAUUAUUGUUGGUCAUACCAGUGAUAAGAUUCUGGUGAUCAAUACUAACUAA